GACACAAUAAUCUAUCUAUUUGACGUAUUGUAGUUCUAGUCGCUCGGUCCAACUCCAUAUCUGGGCCCGGUUCGUCACUCGUCUUCAAGUAGUGAUCGAAAAGCAAUUGAAACACCACCGCCGCCGCCACCGCGGCCGCCGAUUCACUUUAUUGAAUCAAACCUUGCCCUUCAUCAAUGGCGAAUCGCCUUUCCGGCCACCAUAAACCAAUUUCAGGAAUCUACAAGUCCUCCACAAGAUCCGCUAUUGAACCUUAUAUACCGGAAACUUCCUCAAUUGCUUCACGUUACCUCUCAAUUUAUCCUAUUGAGCCUUAUUCUCCCUCCUCUGACCACUCUGCUCUCUUUCGCUAUUCCGCUGAUCGUCUUUCUCACUCUGAUAUGGUUGGAUUAGGUUCUGGUACUGCUGCUGGUGGUUCUAGAAACGUCCUUUCUUCUCCUACUUCCGCCUCUUUAUGGCCUUCUUUUGAUGUUUCUAAUACUCUUAGUAAACGCCCUUCUGAAGCUCUUUUCAACCAUUCCAUUUUGGGUGCCAAUAUGGUUGGGUACAAUGAGGCUUGGUUGACUCCUGAUCCUUUACCCAAGCGUCGUAGAUUGGAGAGUGCAAGCCUUUUGCCUGUUUAUCCACAAAGACCGGGAGAGAAAGACUGCACACACUAUAUGCUUACUAGAACCUGUAAGUUUGGAGAUACCUGCAAAUUUGAUCACCCUAUUUGGGUUCCUGCUGGUGGAAUUCCAGAUUGGAAAGAGUCUCCCUCAGUUCCUUAUGAAUCUCACCCUGAAAGACCAGGAGAGCCAGACUGUCCGUACUUUCUAAAGACCCAAAAAUGCAAAUUUGGCCAGAAUUGCAAAUUUAAUCAUCCGAAGGAUAAACUGGAUACUUCCGGAAAAUCUGAGGCUUCAAAUUUUCCUGAGAGGCCAUCUGAGCCUUUGUGUUCGUUUUAUAUGAAGACUGGAAAUUGCAAGUUCGGUGUGUCUUGCAAAUACCAUCAUCCGAAAGAUAUCCUAGUAUCAUCAAACGAACAAACUGACAAUGGAAUGCAGACUCAAUCAAUGGACGAUCUUGGUAGUGAUGGUGAUGAAAAUGCUGUUAAACUACUAACUUCUAAUCAACCAUCAUCAUAUAACACUAAAGGAUUGCCCAUACGUUCGGGCGAAGUAGAUUGCCCAUUCUACAUGAAAACUGGCAGCUGUAAAUACGGUGCCAACUGCCGAUACAAUCAUCCUGACAGAAUUGUAGGCCAUGCAGUGAUUCCUUCACUAGGUGAUUUGAAUGUGGGGCUUGUCAAUCCAGCUGCUUCCAUUCUCCAGAAUCUUCAACCAGGGUUUGCUCCAACAAUGUUCGGACAGGUUCCAAUGAUGUACCCUCAACGCCCGGGUCACACUGAAUGUGAACACUACAUGAGAACUGGAGAAUGUAAAUUUGGAGAUUGGUGCAAGUUUCAUCACCCUAUUUACAGAUCUGCACCCACAAUAAAGCAAACUGUUGAACAAAAUGUUAAACUUACUCUUGCAGGUUUACCAAGGAGAGAGGGUGUACAAAACUGCCCCUUCUAUAUGAAGACGGGAACUUGUAGCUACGGUAUUAAUUGCAAGUUUGACCACCCGCCUCCAGGAGAAGUCAUGGCAUCGACAGGACAAGAUUCAUCCACAAAUGCUAAAGAGCUUGAGGAGAUGCAAGGAAAUGAGGAAAAGGAGGGGAAUGUUGCAACAGCUGAAUAGUAUCAGUGUCUCGUCAUUUUAAGUAAUUAGUUACUUUGUUUUCUUUAGUCGACUGUAAUCUUUGGAAUCAUGGUUCUGGCAUUGUCGGGUUUUUCCUAUUACUGCAAUCUAAUUUAAAACUAUUUGUGUGUUCAUAUGAUAAUUGGUCAUUAAUAUUGAGAAAUCUCAUCUUCCAACA